GGGGCAUCAUUACUUGUUACCGCUCGUACGCGUGCGAUAUUUGCUAUCACUAAUAAAUUCUCAAAAUGAAGAUAGAAGAGGUUAAAAGCACAUCGAAAGCACAACGAAUAGCUUCCCAUAGUCACAUCAAAGGAUUAGGUCUUGAUGAAAAUGGAUAUGCCGUUCAAUCAUCAGCUGGUCUUGUUGGGCAAGAUGUGGCCCGCGAGGUAUAAAUACAUUGUGUAGUUAGCGAUAGUCGAUAGUGGUAACGAUGGACGCCUUACAAGUCAUUGUUCAUUUAGUUUAAAGCCGAGAUUAUUCUAGAAGCAAUUUAACUAUUCGUGGUUGUUCAUAUUCUUAAUAUUAACAAUGAUUUUAUAAGUUAACAAUUAAAAAUUUGAUCACCAAAAAUUGAUACAUAUUAAAUUUAUUUAGUAUAGGCUAUAUAGGAAUAAUGUGUGCUGGCACUGGUAGCAGACCUGUUUACUCUUACGAUUUUGGCGUACAAUGUACGAUUUUGAGGUUUAUACGUUAUAAAUACUCUGUGGUUUUUUUACUAUUAAGAUAAUUUAUUGAACGAUUUUGUGAUGAUAUUAUACGAUUUUAAGAAUUUGAGGGUAAACAGGUCUGUGGUAGGGAUUUUAGUUUGCACAGUACAGGUAACCCUCCGAGUCCGGUCCCAAAUUAUUUCCAAUGAUUACUCCUUACUUAAAAUUCUUAGGCAUCAUUCUGUUUUGAAAUUCAUGUUUGCGUUAGUGGACAAUGUUGGAUGGAGGUUGGCGCCUGUCGAGAUGCACAAACACUCUUGGCGCAUUUUAUCACUAAUCAUACGUUAAUGUUACUAGGGACAGUUAUCGUCAUGGACGCUUGGCAAGGAUUUCAAAAUGUCGCUCAGCUUAACAACGGGAUUUAUGCUCACGCUGUCACUGUGCACGAGCGUGAAUUUGUUGAUCCAGUAGACCAAGACAUUCACACAUAAAUUAUUGAAGGACUUUGGGUGCAAACGAAACGUAAACUCCGCUAUCAGAGUGGUACUGGUUGCUGUCUGUUUGCCAGCUACUUGGAGCCUUUAAUGGCGCAACAGUCACAAGCAGAACGUUUUCGGCUGCUAUUUGCAAAUGCUAUGCGCCAAUGAUAACAUUUAGUAUUUACUGACUGGUUUGUAAAGUGACAGUUAUUCGCAAAAGAUAUGACUGACAUUUCUGCUGUUUUCUAACAAUAGACACUGCAUUGCAAUUUUUUUCAUACGAAAUAAUUUGGGACCGGACUUCGGAGGAUUGCCGUUUGCACAUUUCAUAUUAUUUCGUAUUAUCAAUUCGUUUGAGUCAGUAUAACUAAAUGGGUAGGCCUAAUUAUAAAUGACACCUCAUUUUGAACUCUCAAAAUUUACUCUACUAUUUUCACUGUCUCUGCAAGUACAGUAUGAUCUUACACAACACAAACAAAAGAGUCAUAAUUUUAGUUUUUGUGUAUUCCCCCCCAUCCAAUGCCCAUGCCUUUUUCACUCAGAUAUAUCCUCAUAAAAUUCAAAGAGUAACCUACUCAAAGUCAAAGCAUUUUUUUCAUUUGUCAUUUUCCAACUUAGGUCUUCUAAGUAAGAUUGUAGGUAGAACAUUUUUCAGAUGACCAAAUAAAUGAAUGUAGAAUUAUUAUAAUUUUUUAACCUAUAAUAUUGCAUGUUUUUGUAAUGGUCCUUUCCCUGCUAUACAUAAUUAUCCACUUUGAGGACUAGUAAUAAUUAUUUACUCUGUGAAAUGUAUGAGUCUUUUCAGUCUUGUUUGAUUUAUUUUGGGUCUUUAAUAUAUAUUAUAUAGUAUAUUAAUAUUAUGAGUUAUUACGAAAUAAACAAUUUCUCUAAAACUUUCAUUUCAUCUAUUUUAAAUUUGCAAUGUAGGCAGCAGGAGUUGUUGUAGAGUUGAUCAGAUCAAAAAAGAUGGCAGGCAGAGCUGUAUUAUUAGCUGGCCCCCCAGGGACUGGAAAGGUAUUUCUAUUGUUUUCAGUCUUUGCUUUUACUGAUAGUUAAGCUAACAAUGAUUGGUUUUAAGGAUUUGCUUUUACUGAUAGUUGAGCUAACAAUAAGGAUUUGCUUUUGCUGAUAGUUAAGCUAACAAUGAUUGGUUUUAAGGAUUUGCUUUUGGAUUCAAACUUUAAACCUUUGGUUUAUUUUUUUCAUAAGAGCUCUUUUAAUAGGAAAUCUGUGUGUCAAUACUUAUUUUACAUUUCAGACUGCCAUUGCUUUGGCUAUUGCUCAAGAACUAGGUUCAAAGGUUCCCUUUUGUCCUAUGGUUGGCAGUGAAGUUUACUCAUCAGAAAUUAAAAAGACAGAGGUUUUGAUGGAGAAUUUUCGCAGAGCUAUUGGACUUCGUAUCAAAGAAACCAAAGAAGUAUAUGAAGGAGAGGUAACAGAGCUGACUCCAGCAGAAACUGAAAAUCCUAUGGGAGGUUAGUUUUAAAAAAAAAUCUUGUUUAUCAUAAUUUAUGGUAUAGAUAUUUUAAUUUACCUCCCAUUAUUUACAUAAUACACAUCUAACAGCCGCACAAUAUGUACUUACAGCAAAAGUCCAACUACUAAAUUAAACUUUGUUUUUAUUAAUUUGGAAAUACCUUUUAUGUGAAUGUUAUAUAUUAAUAUUUCUGUUAAUUGUAUGCUGUCAGGAUAUGGCAAGACUGUUAGCCAUGUUGUCAUUGGUUUGAAGACAGCCAAAGGAACCAAACAACUGAAGCUUGAUCCCUCAAUAUAUGAAAGUUUACAGAAAGAAAAAGUGGAGGUUGGGGAUGUCAUAUAUAUUGAAGCAAACAGUGGGGCUGUUAAGGUUUGUUGAACUCUCUGUAUUGCUGGGAACAUAUUCACGGCUAGAUUAAUUAGGCAUGUACAAACCCUGGCUACAUCCUGUUAUCCUAUUUGUGACAGUUGCUCAAAGUGUAGUUAAAUAUUAGAACUUCACUAUGUGAUAUUUUCAGGUAUCAAUUGUUUAGGUAUUGAUAUUUGCCAAACCCAAGUGUGCAUCUGAGCACCUUCUACUGGUGUGAUUAUGCUAACUUGAGUGUAUGUUCACUUGCAUCUUAGACUUGGAGUUAACUAAAAUAAAAUAAAUAUAAUUAUUAAAGCAAGCAUAUCUAUUUGAUAUUAUUUAUUAACCCUUUACAGUCCAAACCUAUUCAGCCUUGUCUACUCCCAGCGCCCAAGCAAAGGGACAUAACUCCAUUUUAAAUGAAGGUUCUUUAUCUAAUUAAUUUACAGAAAAUAAACUAGAAGCAACAAAAUAAAAUAAAAACUACCUAAAUACAAAGAAAUGAUUAAAGCAAAAGUUAAACCUAAAAAUAGUUUCAGAGACCCUCCCACUCAUGAAAUAGUGAAGCUUCAUUAGGCCUAAGUUCUUUCAAAAGUGUAUCCAAGGCUUAGAUAGCCAUUUUUUACAGCGAAAAAAUCGCGACUUUUAAAAAAAUCAUAGAAAAUCAGCCCCUAAACACACCGCGGUCAAACUAGUAUCGAAAUAAAUGCAGACAACGAGGCUUUCUUCCGGUAGAACUAUAAAUAGUAAUGUGCAAUGGAUUUCCGCUGUGCUAAGAACGAAAGUAAACACCUCGAAACGGGCGGGUUCGGCCGCAUCGGACUGUAGGCUUAACCCAUUCAAUACGUCACAUUUUUUUAAGGGAACGCAGUAAAAUUUUGGGACAAAAAUUCUAUUUGACCUGAUGAUUUUAAACUGAAAAGCUCUGUUUUGUUAUUUAUCAAAAUUAUAUCAUGCUGCAUAUCCAAAUGUAGGUAAUUGAAAAAGGAAUAUGUUUCUAGUAUAAAAAAGUGAUAAAGAAAUACCCAAAGAAAAUUUUUGGGGGUAUUAUUGCAGGUUUAUGUAAAAAAUUAUUUAAAAUUUAUUUGGUUUUGCUUUACUCACCAGCUCAGAAAUCAGAUAACAAUAAUCCAAUCAAGUUCAUAUUUUUUUUAAAAUGAGUCUUGUGAUACAUCCAAAACAACUGGAAAGUUUCAUUGCAGUAGCUCCAGAAAUUGUAAAGUUAUGAAUUUCUUUCCGAAGACACGUGUUAAAAUUUUUUUUUCAAAAAUUCAACAAUAAAAAUAGUUAUACUCAAAUAUUUACACAUAUUUCACAUAUUUACUAAAUAUAUACACAAAUGAAGUUAUUAUUUUAAAUGAAAGGCCUUGAAGCAUCCUUUAGGAUGGAGAUGGGGUUUGGAUUCACACCCAGUACAAUAGAAAUGUGUGCGUACUCGCUUUAUUGCAGUUGAGCAAUAUGCACAAGAUCGGUCCCUUUCAUGAUAAUCAACAAUGUGCUGAGCAUCAUUAGACUAUCACUAUCACUAUCACUGUUGUCAGAUUUAUCUUCAUUUGAACUUGAAUCGUCUAAGCAAAUCAAUUUACUUGCCUCAUCGGCAGUCAUAGAUCGAAAUCCUUGUCGAUUAGAACUAGCACUGUUAUUCGAUGCAGCCAUUUCAAUCAGCUGUGUUUUGUUUACAAAUUUUUAAGUGGAAAAAACGAGCACAAAAUACACUAAACGUGGGUUAUUCGGUUUAAAAUUCAACACAAAGGAAGUGGAACUCUUCUGAAUAAAAAAUUGAUAAGCUAUAUUAUAAAAUAGUUGAAUGGAAAAGUUGGAAUACUAAUAAAAUGAAACAAACCAGUGGUGACGCAGAGAGUGGCUAAACGUACUCUGCCGAAAUCGCGGUGACGCACACUGCGGCGAAACGUAUUAAAUGGGUUAAGGAAAAAAUCGGCGCAUUUCGGGCGCAUCGGACUGUAAAGGGUUAACCAAAAAGUCCAGGACACUGCUCAGAAUAUGUGAAGCUUUGUAUGAUACAAGAACUUUAAGAAAUUUUCUUGUGUGUAAAGAUUUUGAAAACUGACUUUGCUGCAAACAUUAAAACUUUGACGCACAUUCUCUUGACAUAUUUUAAAACCCUUGAUCUUCUAAUAGAGGCAGGGCAGGUCAGAUAACUAUGCCACCGAAUAUGAUUUAGAAGCAGAAGAGUAUGUGCCCCUACCUAAAGGAGAUGUGCAUAAGAAAAAAGAGGUCAUACAAGAUGUCACUCUGCAUGACCUUGAUAUUGCUAAUGCCAGACCACAGGUCAGUAUAGGUCAUAAAGUAAUUCUCCUUUCCCCUUCUGGCUUGCUAUAUUUUCCAAUUGCACUAAUUAAAUGUAAAAGUUGAGGGGGGUAUUGAUUAAUCUCCGGGUGAUCUAAGUAAUAUUUAAUCUGAAUAAAUUUUCAUGGUGUUUGAAUAAAAGAUAAUCUUCAGUCGAGUUUUUGCCUUGUAACAGGGUGGUCAAGAUAUUAUGUCAAUGAUGGGACAGCUGAUGAAGCCAAAGAAAACAGAAAUCACAGGUAAAUAUUGUCAAUCUUACCUGUUGGAUACCUUAUGUUGACUAGGUUUCUUCUUAUAAAUUUAUUAAUCAUUUAAUUUAUUUGACUAUAUUUCAGAAACUUAACUUAAAGCAUUACUCUACUGUAUAAAAAAAUUUUUGAUGAAUUUUUAUUUACUGUUGAAUGUGAUCAUACCUUUCCAUUUAAUUUUUAUAUACUUCAUUAAACAAAAAUCUUAAAGUAUUUGUCUAAUAAUUAAUUCAUUGACAUUUAAAUUUUUAAAAAAAUUCUUUGCCUUGCAGAUAAAUUGCGCAAAGAAAUUAACAAAGUGGUCAACAAGUACAUUGACCAAGGCAUUGCUGAGCUUGUGCCUGGUGUUUUAUUUAUUGAUGAAGUUCACAUGCUUGACAUUGAGUGCUUCACCUACCUGCAUCGAGCACUGGAGUCAACAAUAGCACCCAUUGUUAUCUUUGCCACCAACAGGGGCAAGUGUGUCAUUAAGUGAGCACAUUUAUUACAUCCAGUUGAUCUUGUUUAUUUUAGAUAUUACUUUUAUGUAUCGUCUUAGGAGUUUAUUGCCCUUUUCAAUGUGAAAUAUGAUGUUUGAAAAUUAACCCAGAACUCUUUUAGAAAGUGCUUCCAAGGAUUAUGAUGUGCAUUGUGGAAAUCAAUUUUUUAUUGUUAAUCGAUUAUAAAUGGCAAGCCAUUCCUAUACCUGUUCAGGUCUUUGAAAACAAAAUAUAAAUAUGUAGCCUAUUCAAGCUACAUUGGAAAUCGAUAUCUGCAUUAAUAUUUUUUUGUGUGUGAAUGAUUUUUGUUGGAAAAAAAUUGAGCUAAUAUAUAUUGAACUAUAUAUAUAUAUAUAUAUAUAGUCGAAAUUGACCAUGACCACCUUAUUCAUCAUAUUUAUGCUAUUUCUGAACCUAGCUGUGGAUGCUCAGUUGGCAGAUGAGACUGGUUCUGGCAUGAAAUGUUCCUGUGCAGGGGAUUAUGUCACAUCUGCAGGUGCUGGUGUUAAACCAGGGUUUUCUGGCAAAACUUUUAUGUGAAGAACAUCACUUUGUGCGAUCCUUUCAGAUUCUUGCCAUGGGUCCAAGUUUAUAUCAAACGCUUUCAGUGAGGUUUUAAGGUUGUCUUUAAUUAAAGUGUUUCUUCUGCCCACCAGAAAACCACCUUCCAUGCUUGAGCUCACCAUAGAAUAUUCUUUUGGGCAGGCGGUCGUCUGACAUUCGCACAUGCUGGGACUAUAUUAAAAUGGUAAAGAUGCUGGGGAGACCUGCGUGUGCAAGUACCCCAGUGUCUGGGAACCUGUCCUACCAUUUGAUUUUGAGGAUUUUUCCUCAGGCUUGUCGUAUACACUGGUGCUCAGUAAAUUGCAUGUCAUUUUAAUGUAAUCUUAAAUGAUUAAUGUGUAAUAUAAUGUCCACAGAGGAACAGAGGAUAUUAUUGCACCUCAUGGGAUGCCUCUGGAUUUGCUAGAUAGAAUAAUGAUUGUCAGGACACUCCCAUACUCACAAGAAGAAAUGAUGCAGGUAUUGUCAUCCUUCUUACUUUGACUUCUACUGCUCAGAUAAAGUUUUUAUUUAUACAUUUACAUCCCUCUGUCAUUAAAAAAAUAAUUUCAGUAGUAUUUUCUAUGUUCAUAGAUUUAAUUUUUAAAAAAACGUUUGAAACUUUUAUUUUAUUUCUACAGCUUUGUUAUCGUUAGUUUCUAUAUUCACAGGAAGUUAUUUACAAUUUUUAAAAAAUAUUCUUAACCAAGAAACAAAGCAACAUUUAAUUGUCUUUAGUAUUUUUGAACUUUUAUUUAUAAAAUCUAAACAUUGGUCUUGGCAGAUUUUAAAAAUCCGAGCACAGAUCGAGGGAAUCCAGAUUGACGAUGAGGCUUUGAAAAUGUUAGCAGCCUUAGGUGUUAAAUCAACACUCAGGUAAGGGCACUUGUUUAUCAUUACACUUAAACUAAGUAGUCUACCUUUGCCACCAUAUUAAAUGCAGAUUAUUAUAAGCAGGACCAAAAGCAAAUAGAUGUUUUGGUCAAAUCCUCAUAGUUUGGGGUUAGACAAUCCCAAAGAAUAUUUUUUAGAUUCUUGUGCUACAGAAUUUAUAACUGGGACAAUAAUAUACUUUUUCUUUUAGGUACGCUGUACAGAUGUUGACACCUGCUAAUGUUAUGUCUCGAAUCAAUGGUAAAGACUCUGUGACCAAGGAGGAAGUGGACGAAGUUGCUGGCCUAUUUCAUGAUGCCAAAUCUUCGGCAAAAAUAUUAGCUGAACAAGAAGAUAAAUAUAUGAAAUGAUUGGCACACAACAUGUAUAUAUUUGUUUCUGUAUAGAUAAAUUUGUUUGCUGCUAUUUGAUUAUAAAGAUGAAAAUAAACAGCUGACAGCAUUAAGGGGCGGAGUAUGUCAAAUGCUGCCUUUUAUUUUUUUUAGCUUAGAUCUGAUCCACCUCAUACGAAAGCAGCUGUGAAAUUACUCUAAAUGUGAUGAAUAAUUAACAGUUGCUUCUGAUGUUGAAGAUAAUCUUGUACUUGUGUGCUUCGUUAAGUUGGGUUCAAUUUUUUCAGGAUCAAUGGCAGACCAAGUUAAAGUUUUUUUAUGUACUAUCUCUUCAAAAAUAACUAUGAUAUAAGAUUUUUUUGUGUUUGAAUUUUUUUUAAGAUAAAUAUAAAAACGUUAGUUUGCCACAAAUACUGUUUAAACCUUUAUAAGUCUUUAAAUGUAUUUCUAGUUUAUUUUAAGAUACAAAUAAAAUUUAUUAGUUAAGGUUCAGCAGACUAACAAUUGAUUGAUAUGCUUGAAAUUCUGUGUUUGAAAUGAUUGCAUCAUUCAUUAAACUGAUUUUUAAACAAUUUUUAAAAGAUUUAUUCAUGGGUUAUAUUUUUACAGUUCAUUAUAA